UCUGAACUUGACUUCUAACUAUGUCGAGGCCACUGAUAUUGGAGCUAUCUCCUGAAGAAGUAAUUGCUUCAAUGCAUAUGGACCUAAUCAGGAAAAAUGGGUUUGUUUUGGAAGAAGAUCCACAUGCUCCACCAGGGGCAAAAACAUUACUUUUGGAGUUGAAGUGUAAUGAUGUUUUUAUCCAAAGUAAAGGCAUAUCGAAGUUGAAGAGAUUGUCAACACUCUGCACUGCAUAUUGAUUAAUGGUAUCUCUAGAAACAGAUGUCAAGGAUUUGAUUUCUACUCUUGCUGAUAAUUAAGGAGAAUGCUCAAUGAUCAGUAGUUACAAAGUAGACACGUCUGAUUCUGUUUGCCCAACUGGAGUUCAUGCAAUUUUGGCAUCUUGUGCUUGCAGAUCAUCUGUUAUGAUUGGAGAUCCACUUGGACGAAAUGAAAUGUAGAAGAUACUUGAGCAUUUAGCAGACUUGAAAUCUCCCUGGAAUUGCCACAUGGGCGGCCAACAAUGCAACAUUUGGUAGACCUGACAGCCUUAAGCAAAGGACCAGAUGAAAAUGACACAAGCAGAUGGAUCUUCGUUGCAUGUUUCUUUUUUUGGUUCUUCGCUAGGUUUCUACGUUUUCAAAAAAAAAAAAAUGCUUCCUCUUUCUCUACUUAAAACUGCGCAGGGCCAUCCUAUGCUGGUGGAACUGAAAAAUGGGGAGACUUAUAAUGGACAUUUGGUCAAUUGUGACACUUGGAUGAACAUCCAUCUCCGCGAGGUUAUCUGUACUUCAAAGGAUGGAGACAGGUUUUGGCGAAUGCCCGAAUGCUAUAUCCGUGGAAAUACAAUCAAAUAUCUUCGAGUUCCUGAUGAGGUAAUUGAUAAAGUUCAGGAAGAAACAAAGAGUCGUGCAGAUAGAAGGCCUCCUGGUGUAGGCCGUGGCAGAGGUAGGGGUAGAGAAGAUGGUCCUGGUGGAAGGCUACCAAAAGGAGUUGGGCGUGGGCUAGAUGAUGGUGCCAAGGGUGCAGGUGGAGGCCGAGGCAGGGGUGGUUCAGGUGGAAAGACUAGUGGAACCAGAGGUGGUGGCCGAGGUCGAGGUUGAUGUGAUGCUGCUGCUUCAUUUUGGGGCGAUGUUGCUAUUUUUAGAAGCAGGUUGCAUCCAAUUGAGUCAAGUUGGGUUCUUCCGUUGAGUUAAUUCUAUCAGAGUGAUCGCGUUAAGUGCCAAAUGUUAGGUGGCAUUGCAGAACAAAAUUAAGAUCUUGUGUUGUGUUUUCUCAUUUUACCUUCUCGCCCUUUUAUCUUGUUGAGGUUCUAGCUUGUAAGACAAUUUACUGUUAAAUUUAUGCGUUAAGGUUAAA